UUCCAUUUUAAGGAAACAUAUGGCAUAUGGUAUAGAAAUUUUAGAAACCUACAGAAAUAUGAAAUAAAUAUUCCCUUUUCUUUACAGCCAAUCGAUGAUGAAUCUGUGCCAUUGUGCUCAUUCUGGAACUUUUCCGAAGGUGAAUCGGGAAGCUGGUCCCAGAGCGGAUGUGAUGUAUCAAAUAGGACUCCCUAUCGUGUCACGUGUCAGUGUAAUCACCUAACAAGCUUUGCCAUUCUACUGGACGUAUCUGGAGUAGCAAUGUCUAGUCACCAUCACUCUAUCCUGCGGUACAUUACUUAUGCUGGAUGUAUCAUUUCUUUGAUCAGCCUCUUCACAAGCUGGUUGACCUUCAACUGUCUCAGUCCACUACAGGGUGAAAGGAAUUCCAUCCAUAAAAAUCUUGUCUUUUCCCUGUUUGCUGCCGAACUUACUUUCAUCGUUGGUAUUGACCAGACAGAUAAACAGGUGUCGUGUGCAGUUAUCGCCCUUCUGUUGCAUUUCUUUUUCCUGUCUGCUUUCACGUGGAUGUUGAUGGAGGCCGUACAGAUCGUCAUUAUGUUGGUCCAAGUUUUCGAUACAGCCAAGUCUAACCUGAAAUACUUUUAUCUGGCCGGAUAUGGCAUUCCUAUAGUUAUAGUGGCAACCACUGCCGGGAUAGACUUCACAGCUUAUGGCACACCACAAUAUUGCUGGUUGACAACGGACCGUUUUUUCAUCUGGAGUUUUGCAGGACCUGUUGCUGCCGUCUUGCUGGUGAAUGCUGGGAUAUUGACUUACGCAAUGAGCACAGUGUGUCGCCAUUCGGAUUAUGUAUUUUCUAGAGAAAAGGCAAAUGCCGGGAAUUUUAAGGCCUGGAUACAGGGUGCUUUCGCCUUAGAGGUUCUUCUCGGUCUUACCUGGGUGUUUGGCUAUUUUUUCCUCAAUGAAGAGACUGUCACAAUGGCUUACAUAUUUACAGUAUUAAACAGUCUUCAAGGCCUUUUCAUCUUCAUUUUCCAUUGUCUACUCAAUAAAAAGGUUCGAAAUGAAUAUAAAAAGUUAGUUCAUAUCAGUAAGAAGGCCCCUGUUCUCUCGUCGACGAAGUCAGCAUCUUUGCGCAAGAACGAUGGAUCAUAUGCCCUUUAAUUGCAUCCAUACGGCUUCACGUCUUCUGCUCAACCUUUUCAUUGACGACCAGUAAUAUUCCUUUGUCUUCAUAAGAGUAUCCGUAUCCUGAAAAUGGAUCACGAAUUAAGUCUAUAUACAGACAGAAACAACAGCUUUUGAUGUAUCGAAGUCUAUCAACGAACUGAAAUGUUCAAACGAAACAAAUCAGAAAUACAUUGUAUAUUGUGCUUUUUAAGCGAUUUUGUGUACAUUCAUUUCAGCGUGGUGGCAACGGGUGUUAUCUUUGUUGUUUUUAAAACGGAUAUCUGUGCACAGUUAUUUUAAAGUAAAGUUUCAGCGUAACUUUGUUCAUAAAUUGUUUCUACCUGGUUGUAUUCCAUAGCAAGACAUCAUGGAAACAAUGACAUACGUUACAUAGGAAAUUAUUUCUUUAUACUCCUCUGCAAUUGUAGUCGUUGUUAUAUUGAUAUGACUUUGUAUGUAUUGAGAUUAUUGCUAGUUUCUAUUGUUUGAAGUGUCAGAGAAAUGCAUGAUCAUAUUGAUUAAC